UGAAGCUUAAGCAACGGAACUCAACCUCUCUCUACUUGAUACAUCAGCCUAACCCUCCUACCACCCCCUUUAUCCUUCUCAAAUCACUGAAAUCUUGACAACUGUACCUUCGUCCCCGACACCAAACACAUCCAUCUCCACGCCGUCACCAUGACCGGCUUCGAUUUCUCCAACUACAACCGUAACGCGGCUCUUCACGCCAAGGGCGUGCCUCUCCCCAAGGCCACCAGCACAGGUACCACGAUUGUGGGUUGUAUAUAUGACAAUGGUGUUGUGAUUGCGGCAGAUACCAGAGCUACCAGCGGACCGAUAGUAGCAGACAAGAACUGCGAGAAGCUACACUACAUCGCGCCGAAGAUCUGGUGUGCGGGCGCCGGUACGGCGGCGGACACGGAGUUCACGACCGCGCUGAUCAGCUCGAACGUGGAGCUGCACUCGCUGUCGACGGGGCGGCCGCCGCGAGUGAUCACCUGCAUGACGAUGUUGAAGCAGCACCUGUUCCGGUACCAGGGCCACAUCGGGGCGUACCUGGUGGUGGCGGGCGUGGACCCCACGGGCAUCGGGCUCUUCACGGUGCACGCGCACGGCUCGACGGACAAGCUGCCCUACGUGACCAUGGGCUCCGGCUCGCUGGCCGCCAUGUCCGUCUUCGAGUCGAUGUGGAAGCCCCAGCUGGACCGCGACGGCGCCGUCGCCCUCUGCGCCGAGGCCAUCAAGGCCGGUAUCUUCAACGAUCUCGGCUCCGGUAGCAAUGUCGACGUCUGCGUCAUCGAGAAGGACCAGCCCACCCAGCUGCUGCGCAACUACAUCAAGCCCAACGAGCGCGGCCAGAAGGAGCGCAACUACCGCUUCCCCCGCGGCACCACCGCCUACCUCAACCAGAAGGUCAUCAGCAAGGAGGACAUGCGGAAGUAUGUCACCGUGGAGGAGGCCUCCGGGGACCCCAACUUGAUGGAGGUGGACAUCUAGACAGGACCAGUCCCAGCCGGGGUUGUGGUCAGCCAGGUGGUGGAGUUGAAGCGCUAUGUAAUUCCUUUUUUGGAGGGGGCGCAGAAUCACUAUGUCUUGUAUUCUGUACCCGAGUUACGCACGAAUAAAGCUUUUUAUGGACCAAAUGAACAUGGG